AGCCCGCCGACAGAGCCGGUCAAUUACUAUCGAAGUUUAUUAAUAUGAACUCUAUUAUAACUAGCUAAAGUGUAUAAUUGUGAUACUGGUUGAGAUUGUGUAGUGUAUAGUGGAUUAGGAUAUCUUCAUGGGAUUUUAGUCGCUAUUUAGUGUGAGCAAAGCUGUGAUUUGAGUGAUUUUAUGUUUUAAUUGUGGUUAUUUACAUUCGCGGCGUGUUUCGGAUACGAGUUUAUUUUUAUGAGAAACGUAGUUUUGAUGAUUGUAUACAUGCGUAGUAAAUAGGAUCGUUUUGGUUGUAGUUAGAAGUGAUUAGCUAAAUAAAAAACAAAUAUGUAAUUUGGACAUAAGCUACCCAUAAUUACUGUAAUUAGUGAAAACAAAAUGCAUCGGCAAAAUUUAGUGGCUAGCGAGAAAGACUCCUGUGCUAGUUCUGUGGUAGUGGGUCACAGUGAUGUUAUAAUGGACCUGCCAGAGUUGGAGCCUUUGGAAGCGAGCGUCCCUCCUCGCCCACACAAACCCGCCCGGUACUGCAGCAACCUCGCCAGCAGAGGUUUCUUCAGAGGCCCACUCCGCAUCUGCAAACUGCUGGCAUUCCUGAUCCUGUUGCCCAGUCUGUUCAUCUUUAUACCGCUUUACAUGAGAUACCGGGUAUUCCAGGCACAGAUGUACCCCAUGAGCAUGACAGACAUGAGGCUUAUUGACAGCAAGAUAUCCCCCACGUGGUGCCAGCGACAAGUCGUUAAGUCCAACACAACCUUCAACGCCUUCGUGAUGCCUGGGCCCCCAGAGCUUUCUGAAGAGCUGGUGCCCGUGUCCAUGACCAGGGAACUGGAGUUGGAAGACGACAUGAAGGAGUACUGGGGGUUCUAUUUGCUCAAGGGGUCUACUGUCACGGUGUCUGCUUGUGUGAACCAUCCUGGAGCCUCUCUCAUCAUGAUCAAAGGCUACAAACACCUAAAAGAUUGCGCGUACAUCGGAGAUGACUCGUCAGAAGAAGUAGACGAACUUCUAGAAGCAAACAAGCUAGGCCAGCUAUCAGACACCAUUCUUGCUGAGAAGAUACUGAAGUUGCUUGAUAAAGACCUCCCACUGACCGGAACAAACUUGCCUGGGAAGAUUAAAGAAGAUCUCCAGCUAUCUAAUACAAACUUGCUUGGAAAGAUUCUAGAGCUGCUGGAAGCCAAAAAGUCAGGACAACUUUCUGAUAAGAUUUUGGUAGAAAGGAUGCAGGAGUUGACGAGUAAUGGGAAAACUAAUCAUCCUGGCACAAUGAAGCGCCACAAGGCAGGCGUCAGCUUCCUGGACCGCGAUCGACACACCAAUAAUGUGACGUCCUCCGAAUCCAUGCCCACUGCCGACGUCACAGACCACGAUCCCAAGGAACUCCGUGAAAUCCUGGAAAGUUUGCACGCACAACGCCAAGCAGCGAAAACGGAGUCGUUCAAGAACUACCAGCCUCCGGGUAACCUGAUAUCGCUGAAGACUGCAAAACAACGGCAUCGGGACACCAACGUUGAUAAGGAGGAGAGAAAAUGGAUUUCGUUCAAUGACCUCAAUGCAAACACCAGCGACCAGAGCUCCAAGAUUGCUAAUGCAACGACAGAAAGAAAAACAUCUAAAAUCGUCGAAACGACCCCAGAAUUAUCUACCAUGCCAUUACUAAAUACCACACCCGCUAAGAAAGAAGUUGUCGAAGUAACAACAACAGAAAAAUAUACAAAAGACAAAAACCUAUUACUAACAGCAACAGAGAAUGUGAUAACGACAAAUGAGCCUUAUGUAAGAUUAGAUAAUACAAUUGAAGUGAAAAGUGGAAAAAAAAAUAAAGAUGGUGCAAAUAUUGACGUGGAACCGACCGCCGACACUCAAGAGCCUAGUUCUCGGGAAGUGUUCGAGAACAUUCUACAUCAGCUUCAGAGCCUGGGUCCGCGAGGCACCAGGAUCCUCAAACGACUCCACAAAACCAUGGGCGUGGAUUAUACGCAACAGGGUCACGUGGCCAAUAUAAUGGGAGCUGUGAAAGGCAGUGACGAGGAGCUGGACCGCCUCAGGAAGGUGCUGGUGGAAGCAAUUGAUGAAGAGAAGACGCGACCUCAAAGACGCCAAAAGAGGCAUGAAGCGAGAGAAGAGGCUCGAGCGAAACGAGACCUUAUGUUGGGACAGAUCGAGAUACAAAAAGACUUCAACGAGGAUGAUGAAGCGCGAAACAAUGCUGCUGAGGAGGACGUACAACCAGACGGCUACGCUGACCGCCAUGAGGUAAUCAACGAAACCACUCCCUUUGACAUGAGCAACUCGGAGUACUGGUCCUCGUUCUCCAGCUCUGAAGAACGGCUGCUGCAGUGCGACGGCCUGAUCCUGAACCUGCCCAUGACUCCUCAUAGAUCCUGCAUGAAGAAUGCUGAUGACGCGCAGAGUGCGACUGCUGCCAAAGCUAACGCACUUACAUACAGGGUCCCUGCUAACGGGUACUACUUCUUCGUGUUUAACUCCGAGAACGAGCGGCAGAAGAACUUUAUCCGAGCUAAGUUCGACCUGCAGAAAACCAGGUACGAGGUGGCGCAGACAGCGCUGCGAGAGUGCCGGAACAGCACCCAGCGGUGUGACUUGCUGCUGGACAUCUUCUCUAGCCAGAAGGUGGUUCUAGAAGUCCCCCUGCGCAACAACGACUCCCUCUGGAACGAGCAAUUUGUGAUCGUGUCCGAAUGCGAACCCCGGACCUCAAUAUACCUGGCCUGCGUCGUUGCUGUUCCUCUGCUGAUUAUGAUCUUCGCCUUUCAAUGACGACAAAAUGAAGACAAUGAUGAUAAUGAAGACAUUGACAAAGAUAUAAUACAUAUACGAGGUUCAUAAAUCAUAAGUAUAGUCGUUAGAUUAGUAGCUCGCCCUCAACGGCUUAUCUAAUAAGCCGUUGAUUAUCCAUUGUCCAUUAUUAACUAAAACGGCGCGUGCCACUACCUGCAAAAAAAGGGCCCGGUCACUUUAACCGGUUAUUUAAUUACAACUCCUAUGGCAAUUGAAAUAAGAUUCAAAAUGAACAAAUGGAAAAUAAUUUGCAAAUUCGUGUGUGGUCCCUAUACGGUUACUGAGUGCCGGCGAGUCGAACGCUACCGAACCAGCCUAAGAUGUGUCCUCGAUAUGCGUAACAAAGGCGCGUUAUCGGAGAGCACACCUACACUGGUUUUUUGAGCGUUAGACUAGCCCGCGCUCAGGUGCCUAUUAGAAUUAUACGAUCCUUUUUUUGCAGGUAGUGGCACGCGCCGUUUUAGUUAACAAUAGAAAAUGGAUAAGCCGUUGAGGGCCAGCUACAAAUCUAACGACUAUACAGGGGACUGCAAAAGUGCACAGAGGCGGCGCUACGCGUGGGCGACGAGGGCCACCGCCUACGGCCUCGCGGUCUGAGGGGCCUCGCCCAUCAAAUAAGUACCUAUAUCUCGGACACAACAAUGUUCGUUAUUACUUGCGCCACCAGAGGUGAAAGUGCAUACUUACCCACUUUAUGAUUGGUAGUCAUAAAUCGUGUGGUUGAAGUUUAUGAUCAUAUCUAAAUGUAAAUCCCGCACCUCAGUAUGCUUCUAAGUCCUUCCAAGCAGACAAAAUCAAAUCUAAUUGGAAUAAAUUUCAAAAAUGACUCUGGGACUUUAGAGGACAUCUGGCCUGCAUCACCAAGUAAAUAAUAAUUAUGGCGAUCAGAUUUACAAUUUUUAUACAAUUUUGAAGCUAGAGUUAGUAACUUUAAAACUGAAUUUGCAGAGUAGGUAUAGUGAUCUGACUUUAUUCUUUUUUUUUUUAAUAAUGACGUUUAUUCAAAAUUUGAACAUUGGUACAUAAUAACACAUUAAUAGAUACAUUUUCUUCACUUGUUAAAGCUAGCCACAUUUUGGUGGAUGAGUGGGUCAUACACAGAUUUCAAAACAAAAAAAUUCAAACUCCUGUGAACAGUAGUAAAUAACUUGUGUCCAUAAUUAUAAUUACUCGUAAUUAUUUCAUAGAUUCAUACAAUAUAAGAACUCCUUAUGUAGUUUAGGGUUCUUUGAUAAAAUUACUCUAGUAUAACCCUUAACUUGGGAUGUGUCCACAGAAGAGACGUGAACUGCGGUGUAUGACCCCCGUACAUAACUAUCUAUUGCGAUUUUACUUUUUGUAACAGACCGGACACGAUUCAACGGAAAUCAAUAUCCUCUUCGCCCAUCGUAUUAUAUAAACGUGAAGUUGAAGUGAAACAUUUUUGCUCACAUUUAAAUAUAUCAUUGUUUAUUCAUAAUAAUUUAGACAAUUCGUUAUAGAAGCGCUGGUGGCCUAGCGGUAAGAGCGUGCGACUUGCAAUCCGGAGGUCGCGGGUUCAAACCCCGGCUCGUACCAAUGAGUUUUUCGGAAUUUAUUUACAAAAUAUCAUUUGAUAUUUACCAGUCGCUUUUCGGUGAAAGACAACAUCGUGAGGAAACCGGACGAAUCCCAAUAAGGUCUAGUUUACCCUCUGAAUUGGAAGGUCAGAUGGCAGUCGCUUUCGUAAAAACUAAUGCCUACGCCAAUUCUUGGGAUUAGUUGGCAAGUGGACCCUAGGCUCCCAUGAGAGAACACCGCGAGGAAGAUGAUAAUUGUUUAUUCAUAAUAAUUUGAAGGUUAUCUGUGGCGAUAAGGAAUUUGUGUCAAAUUACUACAGAAAUAAUAUUUUUAGGACACUGUUAUCUAUAUGUAAUUGAUAAUUAUUGUUUUUAUAAUUUGAUAAUUGUUUUUUAUACGUUAAUGAGAAAGGUCACGGCUCAAUUUGGAACGAACUUAAAUUAAGCGUCAAUUUUUUUGUUUUUUUUUUAUUGGGCGUGAAAUUAUAUGGUGCUAUUAUAAUAUAAUUAGUCAACUCUAGAAACAACUGAAUAUUAAAAUAUAUUAUUAAUGUUUAUUUGAUAUAGAAUUAUUAAUUAUUAUUAAGUACAUACGUUAAGUUUCUUUUUGCGUUAUUAUUGAAUUUUUUUUUAUGUUAGUUUAGAAUCCUUAGUUUAGAUAAUUUUAAAAUGAUUUUCAUAUUCUUGCCUAAAUAUUUGUAAAUUUAUAUUCGUUCAUUAUCAAGUUUGUGCGAGUUGUUACAUGUAGGUAUUCGUCAAAGCUUAUAGGCAUCAAACCAUUUCUGUCAAUAGAAAAAAAGCGGAAAAUUUUAAAAAUGUAUAGGCGCGAUGGUUAUCAAGUUAUCAUCCCAUAUAAUAGAAAAUUUGAAUUUCGCGCCUUAUUCUAUUGACAAAGUUGUUUGACCAGGCCUACAUAAUAAUAUAUAUCCAUAUUAUUGAAAGGAACAGAAUCUCCUUAGGCAGAACUGUUGCAAAAGUAUCCAGCUGUCAGCUAUAAAUAAUAGUUCCAAAUCUCUCUAGAGUAGUGCUAGAGUAACUAAGAACCUAGGCGUUAUUGACGGAGUGAAGUACGCUGUCUAUGAUUUGAUUUUUUUCUCAAGUAUUCUAGGUAUUGUAGCACCACCUAUUUAUGGUUUUAUGUCGGUCACGGUUUGGUAUAUGGAGAUUUUGUUCCUUGCCUCUAUCUUCCAUAAUCCAUAUGUUUACUUUAAUAUAACGUUACACAUACGUGGUCUAACAUAAAGUAUAACUAUACUACAACACACUACACACUACACACACACACACUACACUACACACUACGCACUACAGUUGUAUUGUAUAUAAUACAAUACAAUACAACUGUAGUGCGGAAAGACCAUUAGGACAACUCAUUAAAAAUAAAAGCAUAGCCUAUAAGUUUAAAAAUAUAAGCACAAACCUAUUAUAAUUAUAUAUUUCAGAAGAUGUGCCUUCCGUACAAUUGAUUGAAAUAUUUUACUUAUACAUAGUUAUAAUAUAUAUUAUAACGGAAUAAUAGGGACGUAAGUUCUUAUAACCCGACUGUGUCGCAAAGGAGGGUAUUGUGUUUCUUUUUUAAAAUUGUUUUAUCUAGAGGCUUCUACUGUGAUACUAGUCGUAAGGCAAAUGUAUACUUUACAAGUAUUUAUACUAUUAAAUAAAUUUUACCAUUAGCAAA